GCCUGAGGUCGCCCAGACGCCGCCGGGGCGGAGCCGGGUCGCGAGCCUGCAGUCCGGCCCGGCGGUUCCGGAGCCUCCCGCCUGCAGAGUGCGGCGGGGGAGGCGCGGCCUGGGAACGCCUGAGCUUAGGGAGAUCUGCCUGCUGGAGACUGUACGGCCCUCGGGAGAGCCCGGAGAGGACAUGGCUGCUGGGCGGCGGGAAGCGAGGCCCCAGUGGCUGCACAAGGCCCGAAUCUCACUGUGUGCCGCUCAGUAUAUAUUUGUUACUGGCCAGUUGUUCAUUAAAGGAAUGACCUGGAACCAUCAGAAGCUUGAAUAGUAUCAGAAGUGUUUCACGGGUGUCACUGACGUUCGAGGAUGUGGCUGUGCUCUUUACCCGGGAUGAGUGGAGAAAGCUGGCUCCUUCUCAGAGAAACUUGUACCGAGAUGUGAUGCUGGAGAACUACAGGAACCUGGUCUCACUGGGACUCCCAUUUACCAAACCAAAAGUGAUCUCCCUGUUGCAGCAAGGAGAAGAUCCCUGGAAGGUAGAGAAAGACAGUUCUGGCGACUCCUCUCUGGGAUCGAAGAGCAGUCAUAAAACCACAAAGUCAACACAAACACAAGACUCUUCAUUUCAGGGACUGAUACUGAAAAGCUCCAACAGGAAUGUACCUUGGGAUUUGAAAUUAGAAAAGCCUUACAUAUAUGAAGGCAGAUUAGAGAAAAAGCAGGAUAAAAAGGGAAGUUUUCAGAUAGUUUCAGCCACCCACAAAAAAAUCCCCACUAUAGUAAGAAGCCAUAAAAAUACUGAAUUAAGCCAAAACUUCAGCCCAAAGUCAGUGCUUAUUAGGCAACAGAUACUUCCCAGAGAAAAAACACCACCAAAAUGUGAAAUACAAGGAAACAGCUUCAAACAGAAUUCACAUUUACUUAAUCAACCAAAAAUUACAGCAGAUAAACGCUAUAAAUGUAGUAUGUGUGAAAAAACCUUCAUUAACACUUCAUCCCUUCGUAAACAUGAGAAAAACCACAGUGGAGAGAAAUUAUUUAAGUGUAAAGAAUGUUCAAAAGCCUUUAGCCAAAGUUCAGCUCUUAUUCAGCAUCAAAUAACGCAUACUGGAGAGAAACCCUACAUAUGUAAAGAAUGUGGGAAAGCCUUUACUCUCAGUACAUCCCUUUAUAAACAUCUAAGAACCCAUACUGUGGAGAAAUCCUAUCGAUGUAAAGAAUGUAGUAAAUCCUUCAGCCGAAGGUCAGGCCUUUUUAUACAUCAAAAAAUUCAUGCUGAAGAAAACCCUUGUAAGUAUAAUCCGGGUAGGAAGGCAUCUAGUUGCAGCACAUCCCUUUCUGGAUGUCAAAGAAUUCAUUCUAGAAAGAAGUCCUACUUAUGUAAUGAAUGUGGCAACACCUUUAAGUCUAGCUCAUCCCUUCGUUAUCAUCAGAGAAUUCACACUGGAGAGAAACCUUUCAAAUGUAGUGAAUGUGGGAGAGCCUUCAGCCAGAGUGCAUCUCUUAUUCAACAUGAAAGAAUUCACACUGGAGAAAAGCCCUAUAGAUGCAAUGAAUGUGGGAAAGGCUUUACUUCUAUUUCACGACUUAAUAGACACCGAAUAAUUCAUACUGGAGAGAAGUUUUAUAAUUGUAAUGAAUGUGGUAAAGCCUUAAGUUCCCACUCAACACUUAUUAUUCAUGAGCGAAUUCAUACCGGAGAGAAACCCUGUAAAUGUAAAGUAUGUGGAAAAGCCUUCAGACAGAGUUCAGCCCUCAUUCAACAUCAGAGAAUGCAUACUGGAGAAAGACCCUAUAAAUGUAAUGAGUGUGGGAAAACUUUCAGGUGUAACUCAUCACUUAGUAAUCACCAGAGAAUUCAUACUGGAGAGAAACCAUAUCGAUGUGAGGAAUGUGGGAUAUCUUUUGGCCAAAGUUCAGCUCUUAUUCAACAUCGAAGGAUUCAUACAGGAGAAAAACCUUUUAAAUGUAAUACAUGUGGGAAAACUUUCAGACAAAGCUCAUCACGUAUUGCACAUCAGAGGAUUCAUACUGGAGAGAAACCCUAUGAAUGUACUACAUGUGGGAAACUUUUCAACCAUAGGUCAUCCCUCACGAAUCAUUAUAAAAUUCACAUUGAAGAGGACUCCUAGAAAGUAUAGAUUUGUGUGUGUCAAAGCCUUAAACCAAAGCUCAUCAAAGAAUGCAUCUUUGAGAGAGAUGUAAUAAAUGUAAUGGAUGUGAAAAUAAACUAUAAUAAUUUAGCCCUCAUUAAGUAUUUAAUUCCAUGGAUAAACCUCAACUAUAUAAUUGAUAUGAGGAAAGUGUUUGUGCUUGUCAGACACUUAAAAAAGUAACCUGAGAUGAAGAAUUUACCACUGGAGACACUGACUUCAGCCAUUUGUGAAAUGGGUUUCUUUUUCCCUUUUCCUACAGACACACAUGCUAGAUGUCACGUGAUCAUCAGAAACAGAUUCGAGUGGGUGGGGAGGCGUGCUUUAGCUUUCUCAUUAGAAGACCACCAAACGUAAUAUUUUUAUAGCAUUUUAAUAGCAUACAAAUGAAUUGAUCAAAUUGUACCUUUUUAGAGAAGAGGACCAAAAUAAAAGAAAAAUGAAUUAUGAACUACCUCUCAGUCUCUGGGGUUCGUCCUUUUACUACCCUGAUGUCAAACUUGUGCAUGGAUUUCAUUAAAAAAGAAAAAGAAAAA